GCUUAGCUUAGCUGUGAGUAAUGAAACGGCUGUUGGCUCCGGGAGGAGGAGUUGUUUCUCAACAGCCACGGUAAGUAAAUGAGGUGUCCAGUGUUAAUGAAGCUGGUCUCAUGUCAACUAAUGGCCCAGAGUCAACGGAGAAAGUAAAGUUAUCGUUUAUUCACCUCUCAGUGAAGACUUAAACGUUCACUUGUAAACUACUACUUUACACCAAGACACAGUGCGCAGCAACGCCCAGGGGCUGAAAUUAAGCGCUCACUAUGUCUGAUGGGGACUAUGAUUACCUCAUCAAAUUCCUAGCGCUAGGUGACUCUGGUGUGGGAAAGACGAGCUUCCUCUACCAAUACACAGAUGGCAAGUUUCACUCCAAGUUCAUUACUACAGUUGGAAUAGACUUCAGAGAAAAAAGAGUGGCAUACAAAUCAACGAAUCCAGAUGGAUCUUCAGGUAGAGGACAGAAGAUCCACAUGCAGCUGUGGGACACUGCAGGACAGGAGAGGUUUCGGAGUUUGACGACCGCGUUCUUUAGAGAUGCAAUGGGUUUCCUCCUCCUGUUUGACCUCACAAAUGAACAAAGUUUCCUCAACGUCAGAAACUGGAUGAGUCAGUUACAGAUUCACGCAUACUGCGAAAGUCCAGACGUUGUUUUGUGCGGUAACAAAUGUGACCUGUCAGAUCAGAGAGCAGUCAGUGAAGAAGAGGCCCGUGAGCUGGCAGAGAAGUACGGAAUCCCAUACUUUGAGACAAGUGCUGCAAACGGGCAGAACGUCAACAAGGCUGUGGACGUCCUGCUGGAUCUUAUCAUGAAGAGGAUGGAACGAUGUGUAGACAAGUCCUGGAUCCCUGAUGGGACCGUCAGAGUUAAUGGACCCACCAACCCAGAUAUCUCAGAGGGCUCUGAUGGGAGCAAAUGUGCAUGUUAGAAUGAAUGAUGAUGGUUUCACAUCUAUGCCCGUAAUACUGAAACAAAAUAGGAAGGCAUCCAAGGUUAACCGUGGAGUAUAUAUAUAUAUAUUUACUGAUAAACUUUCAUUGACAUGCUGUAUUAUUUGUCUGUGAAGAGAUAAGUGCUUUUUGAAUGUAGGUAUUUUAUUUGAAUUCAUAUAAUGGGUCUUUUGACUAAUUAAUUCAUAUUGGGGAUAUUUAUUCUUAUGACGUCUUGCUGAAAUGUCCAACUUUAGUCAUCAGUCUGAUAUGCUGAUCAUACUUAGGGUCAUAUGAACGUUGUGCUCAAAGUCGCAGCAAAGAGUGCUGCCCUGCCAGGUGUGCUAUAGAUAUACUGUUAAUAAUCUUUACUUGCUGUAAAGUUAGCGUAGAUUCACACUGCAAUUAAGUAUGUUUCUCUUUGCACAGUCAGAUACAUGUUGACUGUGAUACCUGCAGUCAUGGUUUAAUGAUGGAGAUAAAUUUGCCAAGAAAUUUACUUUUAGGAAACUUUAGUUACAUACUAUUGAUGCUCUGCUGAAUACUGCAAUCUCAUUGUUGCUUACAAUGUUUGCACUUAUUUGUCUCCAAAACGCAAAUUAUAGAAUACGGUCUGGCCAUGUCAUUGACACUUCAUUAUAUACAGGGACAUGUUUGGCCAAUAAUUACAAACAUUGGUGCUCAGUAGUUUGAUAAAAGGAAUAAAUAUGUCAAAGUAAAACCUUAGCAGGAACUCAGGUAAUUCAGGUUGUUUAUCCUGCCGUAUGAUGGACCCAUGCAAUUUUUUAUUUUUUAUUCCCUCAAUAUUAUUAGAGAAAGAAAUAUAAAUGCAAAAUCUUACUUUAGCUUUUGUAAACAUUAAGUAGCACCAGCUGGUAAAGCUGACCCUCAGUCCCCUGUAUAGCACAUUUUUAUCAUUAUUCACCUGUGACAAUGCCUUCAGUUUUAAAAUGUACAUGUUUUAAAGUAUACAGGAGAGAUCCUAGAUACUCAUAUCUUAUGCCCAGGAUGAUAACAUAUGGAUAUUGGUUAUCACAUAAAACAAUGACCAUCUCUUUAUUUUGGGCAUUUUUAGGCCUUUAUUGACAGGACAGAUGAAGACAUGAAAGGGGAGAGACAUGCAGGAAAGGGCCACAGGUCAGAGUCGAACCCAGGCCCACUGUGUCAAGGAGUAAACCUCUAUAUAUGGGCGCCCGCUCUACCAACUGAGCUAUCCGGGAAUUCAACAAUGACCAUCUCUGCUGCCAUUAUAAAAAUAAAUACACUUUUUUCCAAAUAAAACUUCAGGGAAUAUGAGCACAGGUGCUAUUUCACACAGCAAAUAGUAUGUUUUGAUGAGUAGGGCUAUUGUUUAAGCCAUCAUUUCCUAAUUACAUUUAUCCUAAGACAAUAUGCAUCAGGAUCUGAGGUAGCCAAACACAUUUCUGACAGAAACCCUGUUUUCAAGUGUUAGAUGCAGUAAAAAGAGGUUAGGUGUUCGAGGACAUCAAUGAAGGCUAAGCUGUUGAAUUUGUGGAUUUUUUAACCCCAGAUUUUUUUAUUGGUACUUAGGCUAUUUUAUGAAUAAGGCAGUAAGACAGGGCCUCCAUUUCAAUUUACUUUUAAAAUUCUAAUGCUCACCCUUUCAAAUCUGUUUAUAAUACUACUGAUAUUUUAUAUUAUAUUUUAAUAGCUUCACACACAAAUCCACAUUAUUUGUAUUAUGCCUACACUGUCAUCCUUUGCUGUAUAAAAGGGUGGAAGUGAAGUUUUAGUUAAGACACACAAGUCCAUUUUUCCAUGCGCUCACAGAUUUGAAAAACUACCACUAAAAUUGAAUUAGAUUAGAUUAGUAAAACUACACUGAAAUAUUUCAAUUUUUCAAUUGUGCUUACAGUUUCAUAUGCAAAAUAUGUAAAUUAUGUCCAAAAAUAAACAUUUUUAUUUAUGCA